CAGAUCCUUUUGAGCUCUUUGGAUAAUCGAAACAUAAUCAAGUGAAGUCGUAGAACUCUCCAAAUUUGCUGAUUUGAAGUGAAAGCUGGCUGCAGCUUGGCAUGUGGGGGCGACAGCGUGAAUCAUACUCAAUGUAUAAGCGAAUGCCAUCAAGAGAUAAUACAAGCGUUGUAGAUGUAGAAGACAACUCAGCUCAUUUACUGGAGAGCAUGGAUCUGGAAACUACAAAUCCUUCGUGGAGGCUGUCUUUCCCCUAUGUGCUAGUGGCAACCUUAUCUUCAUUUUUAUUUGGCUAUCAUCUUGGAGUGGUUAAUGAACCACUUGAAAGCAUCUCUCUUGAUCUUGGUUUUAGUGGGAAUACCUUAGCAGAAGGUUUGGUAGUAAGUACUUGUCUGGCUGGUGCGCUUGUCGGAUGCUUAUUUAGUGGUUGGAUUGCUGAUGAAUUUGGCCGUCGUAGGGCUUUUCAGCUUUGUGCUUUGCCUAUGAUCAUUGGUGCUGCCGUAAGUGCAAUAACUGGCAAUCUUAUGGGUAUGCUUUUGGGAAGGUUCUUGGUUGGAAUAGGAAUGGGUAUUGGACCCCCUGUGGCAUCUCUUUAUGUGACAGAGGUUUCUCCUUCACAUGUGAGGGGCACUUAUGGAGGAUUCAUCCAGAUUGCAACAUGUCUUGGACUUAUGGCAGCUCUGUUUAUUGGAAUCCCUGUCAAAGAAAUAUCCGGCUGGUGGCGCAUUUGUUUUUGGAUAGCUACAAUUCCUGCAGGAAUACUUGCCCUUGCCAUUGUCUUUUGUCCAGAGAGUCCACAUUGGCUGCAUAAGCAAGGAAGAAGUGCUGAAGCCGAAAUGGAAUUCGAUAGGCUUUUAGGUGGAGCACAUGUCAAAUAUUCUAUGGCAGAGUUGUCCAAGUCAGACAGAGGGGAUGACACAGAAACUGUGAAGCUUGAAGAAUUGCUUCAUGGUCGCCAUUUUAGAGUUGUUUUUAUUGGAUCAACCCUAUUUGCUUUACAACAGCUAUCUGGUAUAAAUGCUAUAUUUUAUUUCUCUUCAUCUGUAUUUAAAAGUGCGGGAGUAUCGUCCAAACUUGCAAAUGUCUUCAUUGGAAUUGCAAAUCUAUCAGGAUCUGUUGUUGCAAUGACAUUGAUGGAUAAACUAGGAAGGAAAGUGCUCCUUCAGUGGAGCUUCUUUGGCAUGGCAGCAUCAAUGGGUCUUCAAGUCUCUGCUUCAAGUUCUUACAUGCCAGAAUCUGGAGCUUUAUACCUUUCUGUUGGUGGCAUGCUAUUGUUUGUCUUAACAUUUGCUCUGGGAGCUGGUCCAGUUCCAGGUCUUCUCCUUCCAGAAAUCUUCCCCAGUCGAAUUAGGGCGAAGGCUAUGGCAGUGUGUAUGUCAGUGCACUGGGUGAUAAAUUUCUUUGUGGGCUUGCUAUUCUUGCAACUACUGGAGCAACUUGGGUCACAGCUCUUGUACUCUAUGUUUGCAACCUUUUGCUUGAUGGCUGUGGUGUUUGUGAAAAGAAAUGUUGUGGAAACAAAAGGAAAAUCACUCCAAGAAAUCGAGAUAUCACUUCUUCCACAAGAAUAGUGAAGGCCUUUCUUGCUUGAAAGAAACAGACUACAGUUGAAAAGUAAUAAGCAAUUUCUUUUCAUUUGAUGGAAGCUAAACAUAAGACGGUAGACACGAAGUUGAAGUGGCCGAUAUUCUGGUUAAAUAAUGUGUAAGAUCAAGUGUCAUCAGGCAAGUGAAGUACUUCAUAUGAUAUGAAUUUUAGUGGUGUGAGAUUUGGCUUAUUCCAGUCGUUAGGGUUUAGGUCAGUUAGGCAUCAUAUAUAGAGCUUUGAUAUGUAAUAAUAUGUAUUAUGUAGUCUCAAAUAUGUAACCCCUUUAAAAUCAAUAUAUGGUGUCUGAAAAGUUCGGGAGAUUUGUGUUUGAGGAUGGACGUUCGGCUAUAUGAUAACAGUAAGUUACAAAAUUUACAAUGUUACCCAGCUGGUUGCACUAGAAGUCUAGAAUAGACACUUAAAUCAAUACUUGACUUUUGGGCCAAUUUCCUCUUAUCACUU